AUGGACGGUCUGGCCUCCCUCCCAAGAGAUGUUCUCAUUGAAAUCUUCUCCUACUUUUGUCUGCAUUGUCGAGGCGAUCUAAGACCUAUCAAGGGUGUCGGAACCCUGCGCCAGCAAAAGCGGUGCCGUGAACCUCAGCAGCCCGACCAAAAGUCGUGGUACUCGAUCGACAAGUAUACCUUGUUCUCUCUUGCGGUCUCUUGCAAAUCACUGCAUGCUGUGGCAGAGGAUAUUCUGUACCAUGACUUUGCACCUGGCUAUGGAGACUCCGAGCUGUCCAAGUUUUAUACCUAUGGCAACAGACUGAACCAAUUCAUGCGCACCGUCGGAAGACGCAAAGACCUCGCUGACAGGGUUCGGCUCCUCUUCGUUCAUCCAAAACACUCCAAUGGGUCUGUAAAACGAAUCGUCCUGGCUUUGAGGCAAGGUGCCGCUGAUCUUGGCAUCGACAUUGCCGAAGCUUGGCGGCACCGGGCAGAGUGCUUUACGAAUUCUUGGGCGCUUGAGCAGAUCCAGAUGUUGGGACGACAGGAAGAGUAUCCAUUCAUGCUCAAUUCAGCCUUCACUGAUGAAAUCGAGGAGUAUCCACUUCUAAGCAGCAGCCGUCAGUAUUAUCUUGAGAGGGAUAUGAGCUCCCGUAUCUUCGGACAAUCGGAGGUAGAUAAGGAUCUAUUUUCCAUUCUCAAACGGGCACCGAACUUGGAACAGCUUGACAUUACCGAAUCUCCCUUUCCAAAGAGGGAUGAAGGUUCAGGCGGCGGCCAGUCCAAGAUCAGAACCCUGCUGUUGGAAGAUACAUCAUCACCCUCAGAACUCAGCAAAGGACUAUCUUUCGCAGCCAAAGACCUUCGCUCGCUCGUUGCUGAGUCUAGUGGAGCAUUCUCAAUGCCCUGGGUUUCUGCAAAUGUUAUCGGAAAGAUGCGGGGUUUUCGGCACAGUUUGGAGACGUUACACCUGGAUCUUCGCGGCGUGAAAGUCACCUCCGACGGCCGCGCCUGCACGUUCCGAGACUUUGGGAAGCUUCAACGUGUCCUUAUCAACACGCGGCUUAUGUUUGAAAUUUCACCCGACCGUUAUUCAAUUACCCGGGUGUUACCGCCAUCGAUAGUAUCUCUGCACUUGGGCUGGGACGGUCUAGAGUUGGAUCGCACUGAAUGGGGGAUCUUGCAGUUGAGAUUUGUGGCUGAGAGCGUAAAGCAGCAAAGAGAACUUAGUCACUUAGAACGGGCUUUACUAGAGCUUGCUAAUGUCAAAUCUGAAGGCUUUCAAGAUCUGAAGCAUAUUGGCCUUGACUGUUGGGACAAGAUGGAUGCAACCGUUCGUGAGGCCAUCUGUGAGGCAGGUAUUGAAUUUGUGCAAGAGACUUGGCCGGCCGCUUAUCAAAAAUGA